AUGAACAUUCACAAGAACGGAAAGGGUAGGGAUGUAAUGAAAUAUGAUUAUGAUUAUAUUAAAGAUGAUAAUAAAUACACCAAUAUAAUUAUCUCAAAAAAUGGAGACGAUAAAGUGAAAAAAUAUAUGAAAAAUAAUAGUGAAAAGGGUCACAUGUUUGAUAGAUAUGAUGAGAAUCAUAAAAUAGAUAAAAAUCUAUUGAAAAAAGGAAAUCAAAAUUUUAAAUAUAAUCACAAUAAUAAUACACAUGAUAAAAAGAUAAAUGGCCAUCAUGAUUAUAAAAAUCGAAACACUUGUAAUUCCAUAACAGAGGAUAAUAGCAGCUAUAAUGGGAACCACAAAAAUGAAAACGGAACCUCGUAUUCUUUAAUGAAUGUUAUGAAACGAAAUAAGAAUAAUGAAAUGAACGACAAAAGAACAAGUACUCGAAGAACAGUGGAACAUUUUGAAUAUAACAAUAGUAAUGAUAGCGAAAAAAAUGGAUCAAGAGAUAAUUACAAUAAUAACAAUAUGGAAAAUAAGAAAACUAUAAAAUAUAAUGAUGAAAUAAAGGAAAAUUAUGAAAAUUGGAAUUCAAAAAAAGAUAUAAAUAAUGUUGAAAAAAUGGCUCCAAAAGGUGAAUUAAAAAAAAAACACACAAAUGGCUUUUUAAGUAGAAAUGGAAACAAUGGUAAUGAUAAUAAAAAUAAUAGGGCUUUACAAAAUAACAAGAAGACAAGUUAUAAUCAAAUGGAAAGGCGAAAAAAUUAUUCAAAUACUUUAAACGAUGGGAUGAAUGCAAGCAAUCGUAAGAAGAGUAAUAGUAAAGAUAUAAAUGGAAAUAUAUAUACGAAUAAUAAAAAGGUGGGUGACUCUAAAAAUGGGAACAUCAACAAUAACAAAAAUUAUUCUAACGACUUUAAAGACACAUCUAUUAAUAACAGUUCUAAAAUAGGGAACCUUAACGAUUCUAAGUUUAUGAAAGAAGGAAACUAUCCUACAAAAAGAAAAGGCAUGGAAAACUCCUUUCAUAAAAAUGAAAAUAAUAGUAGAGAUGACAUAAUAUCAAACAUAGAAAUGGAGAGACAUGGACACAACGAAAAUAAUUGUAGCAAUCUUAAUGAUAAUAAUAACAAUUAUUACAAUAACAAUCGCAGCAACAAUAUUGGAUACAAAAAUAACAAUAGUAAUGAUAAUACUAAACAAGAUGAAAAUGUGCUCCAUUUCGAGACUUAUGAAUCAAUUAAAAAAAAUGAAGACCAUAUAAAACGCAAUGACGUUAAUUCAGCAAAAACUGAUCAUAUUAAAAAAGGUAAUAGAAAAGUAUAUGCUGAAAAAAAAAAAAAAAAUCAUGAAAUAAAUAGUACCAGGAACAAAGGAGAUCAUAAUUACAAUAACAGUAAAAGCUUAAGUAAUGUUAAUUCUGAUAAUGCAAAUAAUAAAAAUAAAACUAAUGCAUUUAGAAAAAAUGAAGAUAAAAAAGAUAAAUAUAACAAUAGCGAAAAAAAAAAGAAUAAUAACAUAUUAAAUAAUGGAAAUGUUAAUUAUAAAAAAAAUAUAUCUUCACCAUUACCCUCAUAUAAUAAUAAUAAUAUAGUGGAAAAUGUAGGGAAAGAUGAUGAUACUAAAAAGGACGUGAGAUACAAUAAUAAGCAUAAUGAAGACUCAAAUAAAAAAUAUAAUAAUUACAGGAACACAGAUAAUGACAAAAAAAAAGACCAUAGAAACAUCAACGAAUAUAUGAAUGAUAUGCGUAAGGUAGAAUCUGGUAGUUAUAAAAAUACAGAAAAUGAUGAUGUUGUGAAAAGUAAAGAAAAUUUAAAAUCAGGUGAUAAAAAUAUAGAGGAAUCAAAAAACAGAGAAAAUAUUAAAAAAAAUAAAGAUAUGCAUAAAAGUAAUGAAAAAAAAACAAAAAAUGGUUAUUUGAAUCCAUCAUGGGAUGUUUUAAAUAAUAAUAAUAAAAAUGGAAAAAAUAAUAAUAAAAAAAAAAAUAAAUAUUAUAAAAACAAUCACGAUAAUCGAAGUGAUAGUUUAAUGAACAUAAAUGGUGAUGAUAAUAAUAGUAGUAAUAAUAAUCAUAAUGACGAAUAUGAUUAUAACUAUUAUGAAAAAUCGAGCAUGCGAAGUUCAUACUACAAAGACAGUAGCGUCCAUGAGAAAAAUAGCUAUAAUGGGCACCAAUAUGAUAAAAAUGAAAGUGGAAGAAAAUCAAAUUUAAAAAAAAAUAACUUAAAAAAAACGAACGCACAAUUUAACAAUGAAGGAAAACAUGAGAAGAAAUCUAACGACCAAUAUUAUAUUAAGAUAAGUGAAAUUGCAUCGGUUACUAAUGAGUCUAUUUCCCCUAACAACAGCAAUAUUAAUAAUAGCCUCAAUGACUAUGAAAGUAAAAAUAAUAAUUACAAUUAUUAUGAUAAAAAAAAAAGUGGUCGAAAUAGUAUGAACAGUAAUAAAGGAAUAAAUUUUUGUGAAGUAUCAGAAAAGGAAUCAAAUAUGAGCAAUGCUAAUAGCGAAGAUAGAUACAAAAAAAACGAAUUAAAACCUUUUAAAUUUUCUAAAAAUAACAAUAUUAAUAUUGAUGGACUAAAUAACAUCGAACAUUACAGUGAAGAUAAUGGGAUAAAAAUUAUAAAAAAUAACAUAAUUAGUCAAGAUCUUUACUCCAACAAAGAUGAUAGCAUUAACAAUAGUCUGAACCCGAAAAAUUGGUCUGAUACUCCUAAUAGGAAUUCUAAUAAUAGUAUCGAAUUCAAUAAAAAAGGAAAAAAACGUGAUACGAAAUACCAUACAAAUAGAAGAAGAAAAAAUAAUUAUAAUAAUGAAGAGUUUAUAAGAAAGGAAAAGAGUAGAAGUACAAAAAAUAAGAACAACAAUGGCAAUAAUAAUAAUGCUAGCAAUAUUAAAAAUACUAAUGAACAUGGUAAAAACAACGAAAAGACAAAACAUAGCGAUUUUCGAUUUAUAAAAAAAAAGGGCAAUGUUGAAGGAGAUCGCAAUGAUACAUUAAAAUGUGACGACGAUAAAAAUGUCAAAAAUAUGGAGCGAAGCAAUUAUUCUGAUUGUUCUGAAAACGAUAAGAAUGAUACCCAAAAUUCUUCUACUAUUUUGAACACCGAAAAUAACUCAAAUGCUGAUAAAGAUAAUGAAGAUGAAGAUAAUUCAAUUAAUUACAAAAGUUUUAAAGCAUGGAUUGGAAAUAGAUAUAAUACAAUGUUAAAUUUAUAUAUAAAUCAGGAAAAUCGAAAAAAAAAUAAUAAUGAAAUAUUUGAAGAUGAAAUAAAAAUAUAUGAAUUAAAUACAUUUGAUACUAUUAACCAAGAUGAUGAAUAUAAUAAUAUUGAUGAUAUUACAAAAUCAGUAGAAAUCGACGAAAAUUUAAUGGAUGAAUCUAGUAGUAAUAUAUAUAAUAAAGAUAAUUUUGCUCUGUCGAACGAUACAAAAGAAUUUGAUGAACCAACAUGUAUUAAUGAAACUCCUAAAAAACAAAAUAAUUUAGUAAAUAAAAAAGACUUUUCAAACAGUAUUACAAAGGGUUAUUAUAACGUAUCAAAAAAUAAUACAUUUACAAAUUCGAAAAAUGUAUCACGUUUAUUAAAUAAUAAUAUCAUAAAUAAUGAAGACAAUAAACAUAAUAGAAAUAAUAAUGCUUCACGCUCAAAUAACCAAAAAAAGACAUCGAUUUCUUCUCGUAAAAAUGGUUUAAAUAACAUCAAAGCUCCUUUGUUAAAUUGGGCAUCAAACAAUAAAUCUGAUAAUACAAAAAACCCGGAUGAUACCAACACAAGUUUCAAUUUUUUUAUGAGAAAAAAUACUUCUAUUAAAAAUAAUAACAAUGAAGAUAAAGAUAAUGAUCAUAAUUUUACCAAAAAGGGGUACUUUGAAAAAAAAAAUUGGGGCAAACGGGGAAGUAAUAUCGUUGGAAACAAAAUAGUAAAUAAUACCACUUCUAACAAUGCAACAACCAAUGGCAAUGUUUCUAAUAAUAACAAAAACCAAUUAGACAAUAACACCCCUUACAAAAAAAUAUAUCAAGUUUCAGAAAAAAAAAAUGAUUAUAUAAAAAGCAAAACAAAAAACAUAACAACAUACAAACAUAAUAAACAAUCAACGGACCAACAGUACAAUAAAGAGAAUCAUCGAGGAGCUAAUUUAGUAAAUGAACGAUUUAAUAAACGAAUUCACUCAAGCGAUAUAAGCAACAUGAAAGAAAAUCACAUUCCAUUAAAACAUAAUACAAAUAACGAUAAUGUAAUUCGAACUAAUAACUAA